AUGCCAUCCCACCUCCCCCUCUUCGGUGGCGCCAGAGCCUGGUCCCAAGACGACUGGACCUCCUCCGACGACCGUGUCCGCGGCGGUUCCUCCCACUCAACCCUGACCUGCUCCGCCUCCUCCCUAACUGCAACCUUCCACGGUGAACUGGACAUCCAAACCCUCGGUGGUGCAGGCUUUGCCUCGCAACGCACAACAGGCACAGACCGUGUCUGGGAUUUAUCCGCGUACGACGGAUUGGAGGUUAUUCUCGGGCCCUCCGAUGGGAAGGUCUAUACUCUUACGCUUAAGGAUGAGAUCUUGCCGCGUAGACCAGAUGGGAGGGAGCAGAGCUCUGUGAGCUGGGAAUAUGAUUUCAAGGGGGAGGGGGUGCGGAACUCCAUUUUUGUUAAGUGGAGUGAUUUCCGGGCGACGUAUCGUGGGAGGGAUAAGAAGGAUGCGGAACCUUUGGAUUUGAGGAAUGUUAAGAGGUUUGGUAUUAUGGUUCGGAGUUUCUUUGGAGACCAGGAGGGUUCGUUUGAGUUGGGGGUUAUUUCUAUUGCUGCGUUGCGUAUGGGGCGCUAUAGGGAUAACCCUCAAGAAGAUGAGGAGGAGUUUGAUGAGAAGGAGGAUUGGAGUCGCAGACGAUCUGGGUGGUUUUCGUGGUUGACUUCGUGUCUUGGAUGCCGAUCAUGA